GUGUGAGGCUGCGGGGCCCUUAGACUGGUUCCUUGAGCUCCUCGGCAGGAGGGAAGUGGUCUUGGCGGCCAUCUCUGGAACACCGUGCAGCAAACGGUGUUCCAGGGUUCCAGACCCUGGUUGUGUAACCACUGGACCAUAAGGAAUCACUUGACCUCCCUGAACCACAGUUUCCUCUUCUGUUGAGUAAUAAAGUUGGACUAUAUCAGGUGCUUUAAAGAUAUGACUAAGAAAAAUGAUUCUUCGUUUUCUGAUGUUGUAAAGGAAGUUGUAGAGCAACAGCAAUCCCAAACAUCUGAAAUAGAGAAAAAUAAAAAAAUUCUGAAACAAUUGCAGAAUGAAGUCCGUGAGCUUGAGAAACAAAUGGGAUCUGUCAUAGCAGAGACCAAAGAAACAGAAAAGCAUAUUUAUCACCAAGAAAGUGAAAUAGAAAAAACCAAGUCUCACUAUCAAAGCCUAGAGGCUCAAAUCAAAUCCUUACAUGCAGAAAAUGUAAAGCUCAAAUUUUCCAUAGAAGUAGCACAAGAAGAGUUUGAGGAGUAUCUUACAAGAAAUAAUGCAUAUGAUGAGAAGAUAAGAGCAUAUAAAGAAAGUAUUGCUGAGGUAGAAAAUAAGUGGCCUUCUAUGAUUGAACUGCAUCAGAAAGAGGAACAAGUUAAAAAAUUAAUGAAAAAGAAAGAAGAACUUAUCCACGAUCUCCAAAAUCCAGAUGGAAACAUGAUAAAACAAGCACAGGAAGAAAUUAUGUAUCUAAAAGAUAAAAUUGUAACUGCGGAUGCAUCUAUCUCCACAAAAAUUAAUUUGCUGGAGGAAGAGAAAAAAGUACAUGAAAAAUUGAGAAAAGAAAUAGAGGUACAAAAUAAAAGGUAUGAUGCUAUUUUAAAGCGCCUGCAUUGUCAGGUGAACAAGCUUCAGGCAAACAGAAGACAAUGGCAGUGGAAUAUUCAACAGAUGGAAAAAACUGCAGAGGAACUAAGAAGAUGCAUAGGAAUGAGGGAAUAAAACAGUUCUCUAACAAAAUGAAGAGUAUGGUUGACAAAUUUUGUCAUCCUUGGCACACAGUAAAAUAAUUUGGGAACUAGUCCUUUGGAUCUGUGACUAGUAGGGUCUACUUUCAAAGAGUUUUACAUAGUAAAUAAAUUUCCUUCCUUUUAUAAAAACAAGCUCUUAGUUGUUCAUUAAGGCACUAUAGUCAAGAACAGGUAUGUGGUCAAAGAGACUUAAAUUUUGAGUAUGUACUUGGGAGCUAUAUUGAUUUAUACAGAUGAGUUGUUGAGAAAGAAGCCCUAUCUACAGUUGGAUUAUAUGGAUAAACUGACUAGGAAAGUACUUUAUUCAGAAUCAACCAGUUAAAUGUUGAACUGUUUGAAAAUUGAGUGUCUAAUUCUGUUCUUCUCUUCUUUGUUUCAUUUAGUACCAACAAAUUGUAAAGCAUUUAGCAAGAAAAUAUUUCUGACUUUGUGAUCAUUUCAAUUUUAAUGUAUUUUUAAUCUAACUGAAAGAAAGUGAAUAUUUCAAACUGAAUAUUAAAAAUUGCUUUCUAGGCAUCCAUCUGAGUAGUACUCCAUAACAAAGAGAUUUGCAUUAAUUUUGUUGUUACAGGUUCAAAAAAAUGUUAUUUUUCUAUUUUGUCCAGUAGGUGGCAAUUCAAUACCAUUUUAAUCAUUUUCCUUCUUUGUUAUUAUAGAAUAGAAAUUGAAGUAUUAGAGUUGUGAUGAAAAUAAAAAGCAUCAAUAAAACUUACUGUGUUGUUCAGUAUAUAUCUUCUACCAAUUUGUUUUAAAAUAGCAUAUUUUUAUUCCACCAUUGCAACCAAAAUCAGUUUUAAUGUCAAGCUAAACAAAUACUGUAUUCUUUUUUUAGUAAUACUUUUCCCCAUUUACAUAUAGAAACAAUUUUAACAUUUGUUUUCUCACAUUUUGAGUUCCAGAUUCUCUCUCUCCCUCCCUUCCCUCUGCACUCUCUGAGAAUGUAAGCAAUUUGGUAUAGGUCGAACAUUUGCUAUCAUGAAGUACAUAGUUCCUACUUCUCAAAACACUGUAUUCUUAAAAGGAUAAAGCCAAUUUGCUUGUAUUAACCCAUUUUCCUCUGUUACAGAAAGACAAAUAA